AUGGCGGAUCUGGAGAAGAAAGCGAAAGAAGCAUUCAUCGACGACCACUUCGAGUUAGCCGUCGAUCUCUACAGUCAAGCCAUAGCCCUCAACCCUAGCAAUCCUGACCUCUUCGCUGACCGUGCUCAAGCCAAUAUCAAACUCAACAAUCUCCCCGAGGCUGUUGCGGAUGCAAGCAGAGCGAUUGAAUUGGAUCCUUCCAUGGCUAAAGCUUACUUGCGCAAAGGGUUAGUUUGCGAAUUCGAGUAUGAGACUGCUAAGGCAGCCUUGGAAGCAGGAGCACCUUUGGCACCUGAAGAGUCUAGAUUCAUUAACCUGAUCAAAGAAUGUAAUGAGUGCAUUGCAAAGGAAACUUGUGAGUCGACAAACCAAGCAGCGAAGACCCCAGUAAAUACUGUUUCCAUAAAAGAAGAGCGAGAAGAAAUUUCUAGUCAGGCUCCAAUCGAAGUACCUUCCAAGCUGCCAAAGUAUAGGCACGAAUUCUACCAGAAGCCAGAAGAGGUGGUUGUGACCAUAUUUGCAAAGGGCAUACCAGCCAGCAGUGUUGCUGUUGAUUUUGGUGAACAGAUUCUAAGUGUUAGCAUUAACGUUCCUGGUGAAGAUGCAUACCAUUUUCAACCUCGCUUAUUUGGGAAGAUAAUACCUGACAAGUGCAAGUUUAACGUAUUGUCCACCAAAGUUGAAAUCCGCCUUGCAAAAGCUGAACCAGGUCUGCACUGGGCAACUCUUGAAUACAACAUGGAGACAGCAGUGGUACAAAGGAUCGCUGUACCCUCUGCUGAAAUUGCUCAGAAGCCUGCCUAUCCCUCAUCAAAACCAAAAAGAGUUGAUUGGGACAAGCUUGAAGCUGAAGUGAAGAAGGAGGAGAAAGAAGAGAAGCUAGAUGGGGAUGCAGCUUUGAACAAAUUUUUCCGAGAAAUUUACCAAGAUGCCGAUGAAGACACUAGAAGAGCCAUGAAAAAAUCUUUUGUUGAGUCGAAUGGAACGGUGCUGUCCACAAACUGGAAAGAAGUGGGUACUAAGAAGGUGGAAGGAAGCCCUCCUGAUGGUAUGGAAAUGAGAAAAUGGGAGUACUGA